UAGGGCUUCAUCAGCAUAUGGCAUCCUCGAUGCCUUAGUUCCGUCUAUAAAUAUCGUUUCAAGCCUAAGUCACAUCUGUCUCUUGUUCCACUCCUUAUUUCUUUCAACUUUCCCUGGUAGUAAAGUUUAUCCCUGGAGAAAAAUGGCUCUUCUGAGGAGAUCAUAUGCUUACUCCAAGGUGGAUAAGGAAGACCCAGAAGAGAUCAUCCAUCGACGGGCACAGUUCUUGAUCUACAAAGCGCUGGAGCAAGCAGAUUCCAGAAGAAAAUCAUCGUUCCUACGAAUCAGAUUGUGUAGGCUGAAGGUGAAGAUCGGUAGAAGAUUGAAGAAGUUGAGGAAGUGUGCGUUGGUUUGUAUUUCUGCGCCAAGAGCUGGUGUUUACAAGCAGGUUAUUGGUCAAUUGAAAACUUGGAGACGCUUGUUUAGCCAAGGUGGAGGAACCAUUUCCAGCCUCCCUCGUCCUUUGUUGGCUUAAAGAUAUGCUACAUAAAGUUUUUCUCCUUCUGCUUUGUUAAGAAUAUAAGAGUGAUUGUGUUUUCUUCUUGUUAUAGUGACAAGAUUUUCUUGCUUCUUUUCUGGUAUUAUCUUGGCAUUGUCUCUUUUUGUUCAACACAUUACUCAGAGCUUCCCAACUGAAAAAUAGAUCAUUCCGAAAUCUAGUUUC